GGAGGGUGUUGGCUGGUUGGGCUGAAGGGCAGGGCGCAUACUUCGUACUGGUUAUGCUGUAGACUACCGGCUACUUUGCGCACUGUCUGUCUGGAUCUAAUCGGCAGCCGAAAGUGCCCAACGCUUUCUAUCGCCGCUUUGCUAUUUGUCCAUAGAGACACUUGGAUUUGUACGUGCGCGUCAUUUCUGACCUGUGGAGUGAUUUUACGCACAGGCAAUUUGGGACUGAUCUUAUCGAAUCCGAAUGGAAUCAAACGGCAAAGCGGGAAAACAUGGUUUAGAGGGUGAUGUGGACCUUCAGUUCCUGCUGGUGGGGGGAAAGCUGAUGAAAGUAAAGUCUUCCUCUUGGAAAAAGGAGCGAAUGUACAAGCUGCAUGAUGACAAUGCGACCAUAUGGCAUGAGUCACACAGGAUCUUCAAGAGAAAACAGACCUUUUCCAUUGAUGACGUAGAUUCUGUGCGUAAGGGCCGUCAGUCGGAGGGUCUUCAGAAGCACACAGAGGCCCACGUUGAGGACCGCUGUUUCUCCAUCUUCUUUAAGGGGCGCAGGAGGAACCUGGACCUGGUGGCGACCUCGGUGGAGGAGGCUCGGCAGUGGGUCAAUGGUCUGGAGAAGAUCAUCUCUAACAUGAAGAAACUCAACCGCCAGCAGACGAGCGAGCACUGGAUCUUCAACUGUAUGAGGAAAGCAGACAAGAACAAGGACAACAUGAUGACCCUGAAGGAGCUGAAACACUUCCUCCGCCAGAUCAACAUCGAGGUGGACGAGACCUACGCUAAAUUGCUGUUUACAAAAUGUGACACGUCAAACUCUGGCACCCUGGAGGGUUCUGAAAUCAAACACUUCUAUGACCUGUUGACUCACCGGGAGGAGAUCGAUGUGAUCUACGAGAAGCACGCUGCCACGGGGGGGCAGAUGAGCGCCCAGGACCUGCUCAACUUCCUGCGGAAUGAGCAGCGUGAGGAGGCCACCUUGGAGGACGCCUUAAGACUCAUAGAGAAAUACGAGCUGGAUGACUCAGCAAAGCAUAUGAAUCACAUGACCAAAGAUGGCUUCCUGAUGUACCUGCAACAGGAGGAGGGGUCUAUCUUCAACCCCGCCCACAAGAAGGUGUUCCAGGAUAUGAGCCAGCCAAUCAACGACUACUUUAUCAGCUCUUCCCACAACACCUACCUGAUGGAAGACCAGCUCAAAGGCCCCAGCAGCACAGAGGCCUACAUCAAGGCCCUGAUGAAGAGUUGUCGCUGUGUGGAGUUAGACUGUUGGGACGGGGCCCAUGGGGAGCCAGUCAUCUACCAUGGCCACACCCUCACCUCCAAGGUCCUGUUUAAAGAUGUCAUCAAGGCCAUCAAGGAGUAUGCCUUCAAGACAUCAGAGUACCCAGUGAUCCUGUCCCUGGAGAACCACUGUACACUGGAGCAGCAGAAACUGAUGGCCAAGCACAUGAUCUCCAUCCUGGGCAGCGCCCUGCUCACCUCCCCCCUGGAGGACCAGAUGCCAACUGCCUUCCCCUCACCCCAGAAAUGUGUGUAUAGAGUAUCAGCAAAAAUUUUGGACACACCUUCUCAUUCAAAGGAGUUGAAGGGUCGGUUCAUCAUCAAGGGGAAACGUCUGAACAAGCUGGAUGCCGUCUUCAGCAAUACUAGUCCUGGAGUAGAGGAAGACUGUGUCUCCGAGGAGGACGAGGCUGCAGAGACCAACAACUCCAAGACAGACACCAACGGACAGAAGGCCAAAGCCAAGAAGUCAAAGAUCAAGCUAGCCAAGCAGCUGUCUGAUCUGGUGAUCUACUGUAAGAGUGUCCACUUCUCGGGGUUUGAGCACGCUAAAGACAACCAGGCCUUCUAUGAGAUGUCCUCCUUUAAAGAGAGCAAGGCUGUUAACCUGGCUGAGACAGCAGCUAAAGCCUUUAUCCACCACAACAUGACCAAGCUGAGCCGUAUCUACCCAGCUGGCUCCAGAACAGCCUCCUCCAACUACAACCCAGUUCCCCUGUGGAACGCAGGCUGUCAGAUAGUGGCGCUGAACUUCCAGACUCCAUCUAAGGAGAUGGACCUGAACCAGGGCAGGUUCCGAUCCAACGGGCUGAGUGGAUACAUCCUGAAGCCUGAAUUCCAGAGAUAUGCUGGGUCAGAGUUCAAUCCUAUGACCCUAACCAAGGGACCCUGGAUCAAACACAAGGCCUUCCACAUCAUGGUGAUCUCAGCCCAGCAGCUGCCCAAGCUAAACAAGGACAAGCCUAAAUCCAUCGUGGACCCGCUGGUUAAAGUGGAGAUCUACGGUGUUCCAGCUGACACGUGCAGCAAGGAGACACGCUCCAUCGAGAACAACGGUUUUAAUCCCAUGUGGAAUGAGACGUUCCAGUUUGACAUCCAGGUACCAGAGCUGGCCAUGUUGCGUUUCCUGGUCGAAGACUAUGACGCCACCUCACAGAACGACCUGAUUGGACAUUACUGCCUGCCACUGACCAGUCUACAGAACGGCUACCGCCACGUCCCUCUGCUCACCAAGCGUGGUGAUGUCAUCCCCUCCGCCGGCCUGUUUGUUCACCUCAUGCUGCUGGACGCCAAAUAGAUCCCGACCCACUUCACACUGACGCCUCCCACAUCACGCUGACCCCUCCCACGUCACACUGACCCCUCCCACAUCAAGCUGACCCCUCCCACACCGACCACUCCCAUACCACACUUGCCACUCCAACAUUAUACAAACCACUCACAUACCACACUGACCCUUCCCACAUCAUACUAACCCCUCCCACACCACACUGACCCCUCCCACAUCAUACUAAAAAGUCCAAUCCACACUGACCCCUCCCACAUCAUACUAAAAAGUCCAAUCCACACUGACCCCUCCCACAUCAUACUAAAAAGCCCAAUCCACACUGACCCCUCCCACAUCAUACUAAAAAGCCCAAUCCACACUGACCCCUCCCACAUCAUACU